CUGUCUCCUUCGUCCACACUUUAGUUCAAUAUGGCGGCGGCUUCGUCUGUUUUCCACAGAGUGAGAACGGGCUCCAAAAUAGGAGCACAGUAUGACCAAGACGGCAACCUCAUUCAGGUGGAAACCAGAGAGGAUGAGGAGCAGAGCAUCAAGCUGGCUGAGAUCCUGGAGCUCCUGUUGGCUGCUGGAUACUUCAGAGCCCGCAUUAAAGGGCUGUCCCCCUUUGAUAAGGUGGUCGGCGGUAUGACCUGGUGCAUCACCACCUGUAACUUUGACAUCGAUGUGGAUCUUCUUUUCCAAGAGAACUCAACCAUUGGACAGAAAAUAGCGCUGACAGAGAAAAUAGUCUCUGUGUUACCCAAGAUGAAGUGUCCUCAUCGCCUGGAGCCGCAUCAAAUCCAAGGGCUGGAUUUCAUCCACAUCUUUCCAGUGAUACAGUGGCUGGUGAAGAGAGCCAUCGAGACGCGGGAGGAGAUGGGAGACUAUGUGAGAGCGUACUCCAUUUCUCAGUUCAACAAAACCCACAGCCUUCCAGAGGAUGAAGAGUUCAAUCAGAGGAAAGACAAGGCUGCGAAGGCCGUUCUAGACGUGUUGGAGGUGUACAAACCUCAGAGGAGGUACAGGAGGCAGAGAGACGCCGGAGAGCUGCUGGACGAGGAGUCCAAAGUUCACUCCACUCUGCUGGAGUACGGCAGGCGGUAUGGAUUCAGCAAACAGUCUAAACAAGACCAGGUGGACGAGCGGAAAGCUGUGAUGGGCAGCAGCGGCUGUCAGUCGGCGCCCCCUGGGAUGGCCGAGGUGUCAGAAGAGGCCGACCUGCAGGCAGCAGAGGAAAUGCGGAUCAAAACCCUGAUGACCAGCAUGGCCGCCAUGGCGAGUGAAGAGGGGAAGCUGACAGCGAGUGCAGUGGGUCAGAUAGUGGGACUGCAGUCGGAGGAAAUCAAACAGAUCGCCUCGGAGUACGCAGAGAAGCAGUCGGAGCUGUCCUCUGAGGAGCGAUCGGAGCGCUACGGCCCGCUGCAGCAACACCGCAGAGCUAUGGCUUCACUCAACAAGCAGAUCGAGCAGAAGACCAAACAGCUGGAGGAGCUACAAGCCAAACAUGCAGAGGUGAAAGCUGGCUCUGACGAGGCCAAGAAGAACCUGGUGGAGGCCACGGAGCAGUCGGAGAAACUGGAGAAGGAGAUGAAGUCUUUGGAGGAGAUGGAGGAGCAGGCGGACAGCAGCCUCCUGGAGAAGCUGAGAGCUCUGGUGACCAUGAAUGAAAACCUGAAGCAGCAGGAGCAGGAGUUCCGCACACACUGCAGAGAGGAGAUGACCCGCCUGCAGCAGAACAUCGAGGAGCUGAAAACAGCAUCUGGACAAGACACAGAGGAGGAGAAGGAGAGGAACCAGCUGAUAGACAAACAGUACAACACGGACAGAGAGAAACUGCAGAAGAUCCGCCUGGUCAUGGCUCGCAGGAACCGUGAGAUCGCCAUCCUGCAGAGAAAGAUCGACGAGGUGCCGAGCCGGGCCGAGCUGACCCAGUACCAGAAGAGAUUUAUUGAACUCUACAGCCAGGUUUCUGCGACGCACAAAGAGACCAAACAGUUUUUCACUCUGUACAACACGUUAGACGACAAGAAGGUUUACCUGGAGAAAGAGGUGAAUCUUCUGAACUCCAUUCACGAUAACUUCCAGCAGGCCAUGUCGUCCUCAGCAGCUAAGGAGCAGUUCCUCAGACAGAUGGAGCAGAUAGUGGAGGGAAUCAAACAGAGUCGCAUCAAGAUGGAGAAGAAGAAGCAGGAGAACAAAAUGAGGAGAGAUCAGCUGAACGACGAGUACCUGGAGCUGCUCGACAAACAGAGACUGUACUUCAAAACUGUCAAAGACUUUAAAGAGGAGUGUCGGAAGAACGAGAUGCUGCUGUCGAAGCUGAGAGCCAAAGGAGCCUCUUAACCCCGGGUCACCUGGUAACCUGUAAAUUAAAUGUGUAAUUUAAACGAGCUAAACGAUCACAGAUUGACUAUCCAUGUAAUCUCACAUUCCACAUUUCAUUUCAUCAUCGUGUUGAGCUGACUGCCUUUGUAAUCCAUCACUUAGAACAUGGAUUUUUCUUUUGCACUGAAUUCUUUACAUGUGCCAAAUCAGCUGACCACGUCAAGCGAUGCUCUGACGUCUUUCUUACUUUCGCUUGACUCUUAGAUAUCGGUUUUUUUUUCUAUUCUUCUGAAAUCAUGCUGUCUUACUUUGCAGACUACGUUUUGCUUUUGUGCCUCUGAAGUUUCGAUUCACCUCAUGUCUUACUUUCUGUCACCACCCUGUGACCGUGUACAAGCAGUGUCUAAUAAAUAAAGGAACCUUUGUAUUAACCCUUUAAA